AUGACAACUCAAACAUCCACUCGUGAUUCAACUCGUGAUUCAACUCGUGAUUCAACUCGGACUACUACGACGGAUCAGUAUGAUAAUCCGUACUUCUUGCAUAAUUCUGAUCACGCAGGUAUGUCAAUCGUUUCUGAUCGUCUUUCAACCGGAGCUGAGUUCUAUUCUUGGCGUAGAUCUGUUAGAAUGGCGCUUAAUGUGCGAAAUAAGCUUGGUUUUAUCGAUGGAACGAUACCAAAACCUGCAGAAGACCAUCGAGAUUUUGGAUCUUGGUCGCGAUGCAACGACAUUGUUACUACUUGGAUUAUAAAUUCUGUUGAUAAGCAGAUUGGACAGAGCUUGUUAUACAUCUCUACUGCUGAGGGAAUUUGGAAAAAUCUAAUGGCAAGAUUCAAGCAAGAUGAUGCACCAAGGGUGUAUGAGAUAGAGCAGAAGCUUUGCUCGAUUCAACAAGGUUCAAUGACCAUUGCUUCUUAUUACACAGCAUUGGUAACAUUGUGGGAAGAAUACAAAAAUUAUGUGGAAUUGCCGAUUUGUACUUGUGGAAGAUGUGAAUGUACUGCAGCAGCACUUUGGGAAAAAUUGCAGCAAAGAAGCAGAGUAACAAAAUUUUUGAUGGGGCUGAAUGAAUCUUAUGAAUCAACUAGGAGACACAUUCUGAUGUUAAAGCCUAUCCCCAAUCUUGAAGAUGUUUUUAACAUGGUUGUCUCUGAUGAAAGACAGAAGUCUAUCAAGCCAAAGCCAGAGGGAAUGGUAUUUCAUGCUUCUGAUAAUAUGCAGGGUUAUCAAGCUCCAUCUCCGAAUCAAAUGAUAUAUCAAGGUCUAUCGGAUAAUAGUGCAUAUGUUGCAGUCUACAACAAUAGUAGCUAUCGACCCCGGCCAUCAUCACGUCCUAUGUGCACACACUGUGGACAGGCUGGUCAUGUUGUUCAAAAAUGCUUUAAGUUGCAUGGUUAUCCCCCAGGAUACAUCCCUGGUUUCAAAAGCACAUUCUCUGGAUAUCAAGCACCACAACAACAACGACCACAAACAUCUUUUCAAGCUCCUACUUCAUCAUAUCAGUAUCGAGGACAGUCUACUACUACUGCUGCACGGCCAUCGUCUCAUGCUGUUGCAAAUGUCAUGACUGAUGCUGUUUCGACCUCGAAUACUCCACCAAUAAAUUUUGAUGUCAGCACAUUGAGCAAUGAUCAGGUUCAGACAUUGAUACAACAACUGAAUGCACAGGUUCAUGUUUCAGAGAGUUCAAUUCCAUCUGCUAAAGCUUCUAUCACUGAACAUGGUGCUAUGUCUAUCCAAUCCUCAGCUGGUAUCAAUUCUUUUCCUUCUUUUCCAUCGAUUUUUCCAUCCACAUCUCUUCGAUUUGAGAAUAAUAAACUCACAUUUCAACAUCAAUGUCUUUCAUCAUUAUCAAAAGCUAUUCCUCAUGGUAGUUGGAUCAUAGAUAGUGGGGCUACUAGUCAUGUUUGCUCUGACUUGGCAUUUUUUAAUGAAACUGUCACAGUCACUGGAGUCACAGUUUCUCUUCCAAAUGCAGCUAGAGUGGACAUCAAACAUUGUGGCACUGUUCCAUUGUCACAUUCACUCAUUUUGCAUGAUGUUUUGCAUGUUCCUUCUUUUCAAUUCAAUCUUAUAUCUGUUAGUACUCUUUUAAAACAUAACAAUGGGUCAGCUCAUUUUUAUCCUGAAUUUUGUUAUAUCCAGGAGUGUAUUCAGGGAUUGAUGAUUGGUAAAGGAAUUCUUCUACAUAAUCUGUAUAUCCUGCAACCUGCAUCAUCAUCCUUACCAUCGUCUACUCUCACUCUUGAUCAUGCUGAAAGUCACUUCUCUGGAUCCUUGAAAGUCGAUGGACAUCUCUGGCAUCAACGCCUAGGACACCCAUCCUCUGACAAGUUAAAGUUUUUGUCUGGUAUUUUACCUUUGUCUUCUUUACAAUUAGAUCAGCAUUGUAGUAUUUGUCCUUUAGCUAAACAGAAACGGCUACCCUUUGAGUCUAAUAACCACAUGUCUUCACUUCCAUUUGAUCUUCUUCACUUAGAUGUAUGGGGGCCUUUCUCUAUUGAAUCUGUAGAUGGUUUUAAGUAUUUUCUCACCAUAGUCGAUGAUUGUACUCGUGUUACUUGGGUUUAUAUGAUGAAAACUAAAUCAGAAGUAAUAAAGCAUUUUCCAGAUUUUCUAAAGCUUGUUGAUACUCAAUAUAAAUCAAAGGUUAAGGCUAUAAGAACAGAUAAUGCUCCUGAAUUAGCUUUUACUGAUCUAGUUAGAGAACAUGGAAUGAUUCAUCAGUUUUCUUGUGCUUACACUCCCCAACAGAAUUCAGUGGUAGAAAGAAAACAUCAACAUUUACUAAAUGUAGCAAGAGCAUUGAUUUUUCAGUCAAAAGUUCCAUUAGAAUACUGGAGUGAUUGCUUGUUAACUGCUGUCUUUUUAAUCAAUCGUACUCCUACACCUCUGUUGAACAAUAAGUCACCAUAUGAACUACUUACACAGAAGGAUAUUCUUGUGGUUAUAAAGGCUAUAAAGUGUUGCAUCUAG